CGCGACGUCCCCUCGCAGCGUCCGCAACGGUUUUCAUCUCCACAUCUCGCGUCACAAGCCACCUAGGACACCAAUCAUGCCCCCGCGAAAGAAGGCAAAGGCCAGCGCAGCCUCUACUCCCCUGAGAGACGUGCAGGCGAAGACGCCCCAGGAUUCUGGAGUCUCCCAAUCGCAAGAUGAUCUGCUGGGCGAUGUUUGGGCCGACGAGCAGGAGGCACAGCUCUUCAAGAGCAUGAUGAAGUGGAAGCCAACUGGCUUCCACAAGCACUUUCGCAUGAUCAGUAUCCACAACGACAUGCGCUCGCACGGAUUCGCAACCGAAGACGCACCGCAUACACGCAUACCCGGCAUAUGGAAGAAGCUGAAUCAGCUAUACGACCUAGGCACGCUUGAUUCCCGCGAAAAUGAGUUUGCCUUCUCCGAAGACCCAGACCCGGUUGAUCCUGAAGAAGCCGCUACCAUUCCCGACUUCGAGCUGCCAGAGGAUGAGUUUGGCGAGUUACUGUGGCACAAGCGCUUCCACAGUGAAGCCUCCGCCUCAGCAUCCUCGCCACCCAUGAUACCAACCGAAGACGACAAAGACCUUUACGCGCCAGGCAUUGGUCUUCUCAAAGACCUACCCGAGAGCGCGCGGUCCCGUAAGGCAGAGAGUGUAGAGGAUGCGACACCGACACCGAAAGUUUCUAAGAGCACCAGGGCUAGUAGAGCAACUACGAAGAGUGGGAAGGGUACAAAGGCUAGCGCCAGUACAGCCAAGAACAGCAAGGCUCAGUCAACCGUAUCAGAGUCUGCAGAAGACGACGAAGAGGAUGGCGAUGAAGAGGAGUCUAGUGCCGAGUCAGCAGAAGACAGUGCGCCUACCACUCGACGAACAAACCGUAAUAAGACAAAACCGGUCCCAAAACGGACAAGGAAGAGAUAGCAUGUCUGGGGCAGAGGAGGAAACAGCAUGCAAGGCGUUUGAUUCUUAAGAUACCCAAUUCAUUUCUAUACUACACCAUCCUAUCGCCAAGACCGGCCCUUCUUAGUACGCAUAGAUACGCUAGCUACAAAAAUCUCACUCCAGCUUGUCAGUAACGCACCUGUCGCUAAAAAUACUAAAUCCACACUUAGGCCUCUCCCAAUAGAUCAGUCCCUCGUGGAAACCAGUUAUCAAUUGUGAGAGCGUGAUCUUCAAGAACUCGAAUUCGCCAUGACUGUGAGUCAUCCUGGAUACCAAUGUCCUCGACC